UGCACAUGUAAUGAUUGUAUUGGUUAUUUUAAUAUCCACCUUGAUGAGAAAAUGUAUAUCUAGGCUGUGCAUCACUAAAACUUCCAACAAAUCAGUGCAGGUUUGUGGUACAGAGCUUGAUGUGGUAGAUUCAUUGCUGAAAGCUGAACAACUGUCUAAUAUUGCAGUAAUUUCCGUGGAAGAUGGUCAGAAAUUCAUAAAGAUAAUUGGAUCUGGAAAGAGAGGUGAAAACAAUCUUACAGGAAGUUUUUCACAACAAAGACAAUGUUUCCACACAGUUCCUGCAUGCUUUUCUGACAAGUCAAACAACACAGAUGAAAAUGGUCAUUCUAGGGAUAAUUUUGGAAUAAACAAUAAAUACCUAAACUCCAAAAAGUCAAACACCAUGUGUGCAGAUGGUGCCAACUUUGAUGCAGAUGCAUUUAAGAAAGCUAACCCCAAAGUGAAAGUAGGAUGGGCAAUGUCUGCCAUGAAGAGUGGGGAUGAGGCCAAGAGACAGCAAAUGAAGGCCUGCUCAGAUCACCUUCAGGAAAUGUGGCAAGAAAGGAAAGACAAGUCCCCAGUGUUAAAACAGUUUAGAGACUAUUUGAUGAAAAGUGAUAAUCCCUAUGCAUUUGUUGUGUUCCUGUUGAAUGACUCGCAUGAUCUUCACGUUCAUAAAACUGCGACUUUUUCCUAUGCAAUUUGUAAGGAAUUUGAUGGUUGGUUGUCAUCUCCUCAUUGCAAUAUCAGGAAUAAGGCACAGGUUUUGACACCAGAGAUAAAACUAGAGGCUGUGAGUGUUGCAACAAGGUACCAUACAGUGAUGUUUCAACUGGUAUUUAAAACAUUUGAGCUGAAGCACCAAGGGAACGGUUAUAUGUUGCCAGAAAUAAAGAGAUUCUUAGAAGGGAAGAAAUAUAAUGAGUGUGCUCUGCUGGCAGGGCAUUUAGGUCUUCAGGACCACUUCAGAAUUGAGGAGAUAGCAGUACCCCUGAUUCUACAGAAUAAGUUAAACCUUCUAGAGACCUACCUCAGAGGAAACCAAGGACAGCAGACACUGGUUGUUCAGUUCCUAGAUCAUAUGUGUGAUAAAAGCUACAAUAUUAACAACCUUGUCAGUUCUAUGCAAGUCCCUGAUGUGAAGAUGAGUCAUCUGCAGAAAAAGUCUAUCAGCAAGCUAGCUACCAGACUAGCCAAGCUAUAUGAGAUCCCUAAUGAUCUUAUACCCAAUAUAGUCACAGCCAGAGGUCUUGGAGCAUUAAAAUUUCUUCUUUAUAAGAGGUAUAUUGAGAAUGGCAUGGCCACUGGGAGUUGGGAAGACAUGGUGCAGAAUGCGGUGGGUGACAAUGAAACUUUACAGCUGGAGCUAGUGGAACAGCUGCUUUGUUAUAAUGAGGUCAAGGCCUCAGCUAAGUGGGCCAAUUUCUACAACCUUCCCGAUGACAAAUUAUCCAUUCCGGUGAGAGAGGAGAGGAAACGCUUGGCUGAGGGUCUUGGCUCAGAGCCUGCUGCAGGGCCUUCGGAGGAGAGCUGGGAGGAUGAACUAAUGCCGGUGGAUGAUAUGGAGGCUUAUUACUAUAAACUCAAGCUGGACCCCUCCAAUAUACAGUUUGUGGACACCAAGGAAAAAUACCAAGAGUUUAUCUCUGUUGUGUCCAAGCCAGACAAUGUGAUUGGAGUUGACUCUGAAUGGAAACCAUCAUUUGGAAAUUCUGUUCAAAGAAUAGCCCUUAUGCAGUUUGCCACAAUGAAUCAGAUUUUUCUGCUGGAUAUGAUAGCUCUCAAUUCAGUGUUGUCGAGCAGUGACUGGCUUUUAUUGGCAACAGCAGUGUUUUGCAACGAGGACGUUUUAAAACUUGGUUAUGGAUUUGAUGCUGACUUGAAAAUGAUGGUAAAAUCGUAUCCUUUCUUGAAAGAACCACUAACCAAGAUGAAAAGAACAGUGGAUUUGGAAAAGUUAGCUGUAAAGGUGAUAGACAAGGCCAUCAACUUAAUGCCAGAUGACAAGGGGGAUUCUGAUGAGGAGGGGCUGGAGGAUAAAGACAGCGGCAUCAACGUCAAAUUCCAGAAAACGGAGGAGAGAGGUUUGAGUGAGUUAGUUCGUCAGUGUCUAGGCAAACCACUAAAUAAAGGGGAGCAAAUGUCAAACUGGGAGAAACGCCCCCUUCGCCCCACACAAGUCCAAUAUGCAGCACUAGAUGCUUUUGUUCUGCUGGAGGUCUAUGACUGUAUGGUUCAAACUGCCAAAAGAGAGAACAUGAACAUCGACUUAGAACCAGCAGUCACUGUCAAGUGGAGCAAGGAAAGCAGACUAGACAGACUGAGAGCCAAAGCCAAGGGUCAACAGCCUCCAAAGUCAGCAAAGCCACAGGUACCACAGAAUGCCUCUUAUUUGGGGAUGGAGAUGGAACCUGGUCAGCUGAGGGUGGUGGUGGACUCCAUGUUACAGGGUCUAGGGCAACAACUCAGGGGGUGUGGGGUGGACGUCUUCAUACUGAACUAUGACGAGGGUCAUGAGAAGGCUAUUGAGGUUGCUAUGAAAGAAAACAGAAUUAUAUUGUCAUCAGGGACACCUUAUCAAACAAUUUGCUCUCAAUUAGGACCAGAGAGAUGUUUCCAUGUUGUAAAUACUCUGCCAGCAAAGGAGCAAAUUGUGGACGUUCUGAGGCACUUUAAAGUCAGAGUCAGAAAAGAGGACAUAUUCAGUCGAUGUCAAGUUUGUAACAGUGACUACUUCCUGAAGAUCCCAUGCAGAGAUGUGAGGAAACUGUCAGAAAUAUUAACAAACUCUAGGGAGAGAAGACCAAGGGACAGAACUCCAUCUCAGGAUAGAUGGCAGCAAUACAUGUUGACCACACAUGGCAUUGACAGUACAAGUGUUUCAUUUGCAAAGACAGGCAUAGAUAUUAUGAUUGAUACUGUUCCUCAGAAAAUAUUUGGUAUAGUGGAUUUCUUUUACAUUUGUGUCAACUGUGGGAAGAUAUUCUGGGAAGGUCCGCACAUGAGUACAGCUUGUGAACAGUUUGCUCAUGUUAUGAACCUCCAGACUUGAGCAUACUAUAUGGACAAUGUUCAUGAUUAAAUCUCAGUUGCAAUGAUAUAUUUUUUAAACUAUCAUUUGUCCAUUAUAUGGACCCUUCAGCUAUGAAGUUUUGAACUUCCAGCUGUGAGCAAACUGCAUGGAUAACGUUCUGAACUAAAUUUUCAAUAGCCAUGAUAUAUUUUUGCUACAUGAAUUUUUUUUUCAGAAAUCAAUUGGUUCAUUGAAAAUAACUGCUUGUCAAUCAUGUUUAGAUACUAUUACAUACAAGUACAUGUACUUUUUCAAAUGUUUAGUACAACAAAUUAGAAUAA